ACAAGCGGGCCGGUCACCGUCCCGGUCAGCCCGAUGGGCCCCGUCUCCGUCGCUCGAUCGCGCCACCUUCGUGAACCGACGGUCGAGACGCUGCCCGGCUCGCCCUCGGGGCAGAUCUCCUCGCCUUUAAGAGGCGCAGCAACCCAGCCCUUACCUCCUCGUCCAAGCCGAGGGUUGUCCUCCCAACCUCGACGCAACCCUCGUCGUCGUCUUUCUCCCUCACCGUUCCAUUUACCGGCCGCCGCCACUGCGGCUGGUGCCUUCGGCCUACGGCCACGGACCCCACCCCCAGCCUCGACCUCCGAUGAUUACCCCCUUCCUCGGGGCGCCGGAACGAUAAGAACUCGCUGGAUCCCGGCCGAUCCGAGGUCCACACCCGCCGUUGAUGGCGUCGGCGCUCCUCGCGAGCAGCAAUGAGCCAUGCUGGGGAGAACCGAAGGUUUAUAUGAGGGAGAACCCCAUUUCUAACCCUAACCCUAGACCCUGCCCCAACCUGUUUCCCAGCGGCCAUGCCGGCGGACGGGUGGACCAAUUUCGGACCAUGGAUCUGGAGGAGGUGCCGCCGGCCACCUCCGCUCCCGCCGUGUCUGACAAUUCCUCUUCGUUCAACCGAAGACCUAUCGGCCUCAACCAGCGGGGAAAUCCCGGUGCCGGCGUCGGCGGCAAUUAUGUGACCUUCAGCAUCUCCACCUGCUCGAAGAUGGAGCUGAGAGAGCUCAAGCGGCGGCUGGUCUUUGAGCUCGACCAGGUCCAGAGCCUCAUGAGCCGGAUCCAGUCGAGGGAGAUGCACUCCGCAACCCGAUCUGCCGGAUUUGGUACGUCAUCAGAUUUCUUCUCGGCCUCGGCCGAGGGGACCAGGGUUUCCGGCGACAAGGCGACCUUACCUGUGGUCUCCCCAAGAAGCCCGAAGCUUCCGGAGUUGGAGAAGCUCCUGGCGGCCAUGAUGAAGAAGUGCGGCCAUAUCUUGUCGAAACUGAUGAAGCACAAGAAGAGCGUUUGGUUCAACUCGCCGGUGGACGUCGUCGGGAUGGGCCUCCAUGACUAUCACCAGAUCAUCAAGAGCCCGAUGGACCUUGGGACGGUGAAGAAGAAGCUCAAUGAUGGCCUCUACCCGUCACCAUUGGAGUUCGCAUCUGACAUCCGAUUAACCUUCAACAACGCCUUGCUUUACAAUCCGAAGGGGCAUGAGGUGCACAAGCUCGCCGACCAGUUCCUUCGACACUUUGAGGGGCUGUUUAGGCCUGUCUACCAGACGUACGAGAAGCAGCGAAGCACCAUGAAGCGUGAGGAGGUUCCUGAUCCGCCGCCGCCACCGUCGCCGAUCCCAGAAAUCCCAUCACCGGUGCCGGUUUCUCCUCCUGUGAUUCAUCCGCAGAACCAGCCACAGCCGCUGCAGCAGCAACCAAAUGUCGUGCGGACGACGCCGGGAAAGCUGCCGAAGCCCAAGGCGAAGGACCCCGACAAGAGGCCAAUGAGCUUCCACGAGAAGCAUAGGCUGAGCGAGGGGUUGCAGAGCUUGCCGCCGGAGAGAAUGGCUCACGUUCUGCACAUUGUGAGGAAGGGCAACGUGGACGCGAUGCAGAGCGGGGAUGAGAUCGAGUUGGACAUCGAUGCGUUAGACACGGAGACCCUUUGGGCGCUCGAUCGAUUCUUGUGCAAUUGCAAGAAGCUGAUGAGCAAGAUGAAGAGGCAGGAAGCAAUUGCGAGCGGGCUGUUGUCCGCUGGCCAUUCUGUGGUCGCUGCCCCUGCCCUGAUUCCAGAUGAAGGCGGUGGUGGUGGUGAGCGGUCUCCAGUGUUUGACGACGAAACGCCUGAAGCAGUUGCAGCGAAGAAGAGCAAGAAAGGAGACACAGCUGAGGAAGACGUCGACAUCGGCGACGAAUUGCCCGCCAUUACUUAUCCUUCGUUGGAAAUCCAGAAGGAUACUGGCAAUGACAGCUCCUCUAGCAGCUCCGGCAGUGAUUCUUCUUCGGCGAGCGACUCCGAUUCAGAGAGCUCCUCAGACGGCGAUUCUGACGACAACGAAGACUAACAAGGCUGGUGAUGUGACGGUGUUAGACAAGGGCAGGGCAGGGCAGGGCAGGGGGUGGAGGAGAGGGGAGAAUUGAGGUGUGUUUCUAUGUUUGUUUGUUUGUUUGUUGUUCCUUCUUCCCCUCCUCUUCAGGUGUGACUUAGGUGGUAGGAGUGGAUGGACAGGUGUAGCAUAUGUAAAAAGCGAAGUAGAAAGUGACAAAGAGUAGUGCAGGUGAUGAUGCUUUUGGCUUCAUAUGAUUUUUCACUAAAUUGGUCAUGGGGCCUUUUGGGAAUUCCGUGGUGGCUCCUUAAUGGUGCAUUCUCUCCAUCGUUUUGGUCUCGUGGGCACUGUUAAUCAUGUCUAUCUACGCCUUUUCCUCUUCA